AUGCCUGUGCAAGCACUGCCGCUUCAGCAGGUGGGGACCAAGGUGACUUCCUUGGACCUAGCGAUUCACAACGCCGGGGCAUGUGGUCGCUGGGACUUGGCGCUCCAUCUCCUACACAGCCACAGACAAAGCCGGCUCGAGGCCGGCGUCGUUAGCAUCAACAGAGUGAUCAGCGCUUGUGCAGCUGCAAAGUGCUGGUCCAUGGCGCUGAAGCUACUGGAAUUCAUGCAGAGCACUGGCAUUCAAGUGGACGUUUUCAGCUUCGGUAGUGCCAUCUCCGCUUGCUCCGCGGGCGCACGGUGGCAAGAGGCGCUUGCGGCGCUUGGGGAGAUGGAACGCAUGGAGAUAUUGCCCAGCAUCGUUGCUUGGAACAGUGCUGUCACCGCUUGCGCGCGUGCGGGGCGGUGGCAGCAAGCCAUUCACCUCCUGGAAGCCCUGGCGGGCAUACCUCUGACAGCUGAUGUGGUGACCUACAGCUCCGCCAUCAAAGCCUGUGACACAUCCAGCCAGUGGUCAUUGGCCCCGACGUUACUAGGGUCCAUGAUGCGACACAGGAUCAGAGGCAAUCUUGUUGCCUUCAACACCGCCAUCAGCUCUUGCGUAUCAGACCGCUGGGAACUCUCUCUCGCCCUGGUGAGUGAAGCUGCCACCCAAGCAAUCCAUCCAGAUUCUUUCAGCUUUGCCACAACUGUUGCUGCCUGUGGCACAGCACAAGACUGGCCAUUGGCCCUUGCGGGCCUGCGCGACGCAAAGCUCAAUGGGAACACUGCCUGCUGGAAUGCCAUGAUUAGCACUGCAGCAACCGGCGACUGCUGGGCUUUAGCUUUGGAUGUCUUGGGCACCAUGCCGAACGGCCAGCUGCGACCCAACAUCUUGACUCUGGGCGGCAGCAUCCUCGCCACGGAGCGCGCAGCCGAGUGGAGCGUGGCGCUCUUCCUCGUCUGCAAGCUGCCCGAAAGGCAGCUGAAGGGCAACCUCAUCACGUACAACACCGCCUUGAGCGCCUUGGCGCAGGCAUCAAAGUGGCAGGGAGCUCACAGCCUACGGCGAAAUGCCAUCAGCUUCAACGCGGCUGUGGGGGGCUUCACAGAUGGCCAGUGGAUGGCCUCUUUGCACUUGCUGGCGGCGAUGUCCCUUGCAGCCCUGGUACCAGACGCUGGAAGCUACAGCGCUGCCAUCAGUGCCUGUGAGAAGGGAGGCGAGUGGCGAUGGCCAUUGCGGGCGCUGUGCGUGGUGGAGCAAGGAGUGGCCAACGCGGUGGCAUACAAUGCCGGGAUCGGUGCAUGCGCGCAGGCUGCGCACUGGGUCCAAGCACUCGAGCUCCUGAGGCAGAUGAGCUUUGCAGCUGUCGCGCCGACAGUUGUCACCUUCAACAGCACAGUCAGUGCGCUUGCUGCAGGGGGCCAGCCGGAACGCGUCCAGGAGAUGCUCCUGGCUAUGGCGGGGGCGGCCGUGCUUCCGAACAUCAUCACACUGAAAUCCCUAGCUCUGAGCUACGAGGCCUACAUGGCGGGGCAGGACUGGAGCGCUUCCCCAGGCGCCCGCGCGAAGUCCCUGCGCACUACUUAA